GAUAUAUUUGACUCAAGUGGGUUAUCAGCACCAUCUGAUUUAACUCAGUUGACUCAUUUGCAUGAAGCAUCAAUUUUACAUAGUUUAAAUCUUCGAUUUGAUAUAGACGAAAUUUAUACUUUUACUGGUCCAAUAUUAAUCGCUGUAAAUCCUUUUAAAACUAUAAAAAAUUUAUAUUCUGACAAUAUUCUGGCUAAACAUGUACAACCAAUAAAAUCAAAAAGUCCUCACAUUUUCGCUACCUCUAAUAGCGCCUAUUUAGGAAUGUGCAAUAAUAAUAAAUCACAAACAAUUUUAAUAAGUGGUGAGUCUGGUGCUGGAAAAACAGAGUCUACUAAAUAUGUAAUGAAAUUUUUAGCAUGUGCAGGCUCAGAUAUUAAAAAAAGAUCGUUAAUUGAAAGUCAAGUUUUAGAAAGCAAUCCUUUAUUAGAAGCCUUUGGUAAUGCCAGAACUUUAAGGAAUGAUAAUUCUAGUCGCUUUGGAAAAUAUAUAGAAUUACAAUUUUCAUUAGAUAAUAGAAAUUAUGUAAAAGGAAAAUUAUGUGGUGCCAAAAUUUUAACUUAUUUACUUGAAAAAGUUCGAGUAUGUGAUCAACAAGAAGGAGAAAGAAAUUAUCACAUUUUUUAUCAAAUAUGUAAAGCAGCACAAUUUGCUAAAGAAAAUAAAGAAAAAGAAAAUUUCUAUUUUUUUCCUUCAACACCUAAAUUUAAAAAUAUGGAUAAUGUGAAACCAAUAAAAAUGGAUCUUACUGAUUUUAAAAGUCAUAUCCAUUUUCGCUACUUAACGAAAUCCAGUGUAUAUGAAUUGAAUGAAAUUGAUGAAUUAGAAGAAUUUGAAUCUACUCUUUAUGCUAUGCAAACAAUUGGAAUCAAUGAAACAGAGCAAUAUCAAAUAUUUAAAGUGUUAGAAGGUAUUCUUUAUAUAGGAAAUAUUUUAUUUAAUAAUGAUGAAAAUAAAGAAGAAGCUAAAGUUUUAGAAGUUUCAAAUGAUGAUUUAAAAAAAGCUGCUUUUUUUCUUGAUAUAAAUGAAGAAAAAUUAAGAGAUUCCUUGUGUUAUAAAACUAUUAUUGCAAACGGUGAACAUUAUAAAAAACCAAUAAAUUCAAAUAUAGCCAAUGAUAUUCGAGAUGCACUGGCUAGAGCUAUAUAUGGAUGUUUGUUUUUAAAAGUAGUAGAAAGAACCAAUGAAUCAAUAGGAUUCAUAGAAGAUGUAAAUUUAUUUUGUGGAGUUCUUGAUAUAUUUGGUUUUGAAUCAUUUCCUCUAAAUUCUUUUGAACAAUUGUGUAUCAAUUAUACUAAUGAAUGCUUACAACAAUUUUUUAAUAAUUUUAUUUUCAAAUGUGAAGAAAAAUUAUAUAUGGAGGAAGGAAUUAAAUGGAAUCCAUUAGAUUUCCCUGAUAACAAAGAUUGCGUAGAUAUUUUAGAAUCAAAACCAUUUGGUAUAUUUUCUAUGUUAGAUGAAGAAUGUCACAUACCUUCAGGUAAAGACAAAACUUUCUGCAGUAAAAUUGCUACAAAGCACUUGAAUAAUAAAAGAUUUAAAGUAGUAAAAACAGAUUCUUCUAGCUUUAUUAUAAUACAUUUUGCUGGUGAAGUCAUGUAUAAUUCUGCAGGGUUUCUUGAAAAAAACAAAGACCAAUUAUCAGUAGAUGCUCAAAACAUCUUAUUACAGAGUGAAAAUCAUUAUGUGGCUACUCUUUUCGAAAAAUACUUAAGAAGAAAUAUAGAUAAAAGAAGAUUUGUUACUGUAUCAAGUGAAUUUAGAGAGCAAUUAAAUUUAUUAAUGAAAAGAAUAAGAGAAACAGAACCUCAUUUCAUUCGAUGCAUUAAACCAAAUUCUCAAAAUUUACCUGACAUGUUUGAUAGAAUAUCAGUCAAUGAACAAUUAAAAUAUGGAGGAGUUUUACAAGCCAUAAAGGUUAGUAGAGCAGGAUAUCCUGUUCGUUUAUCCCAUGCAGAUUGCGUAAAUGAUUAUAAGAUUCUUUUAAAUAAAGAAGAUAAAAAAGAAUUCGCAGAAUAUAAUGAUAGAUCAUGGUCGCAAAAAGCUAAAUUUAUCUUAAAUAAAUUGUAUCACAGCCCAGUUAUACAGGAAUAUGUUAACAAUUUAAAAACAUUAAAAGAAAAGAAAGAUGAAGAGGAUAAUUUUUUUGGAAAAUAUUCUAAAAAAAAUAAAUCAAAAGAACAAGACAAUAAAAAAAACAAAGAUCAGGUAAACAAUGGAACAUAUAGUACUAUUAAUAAUAAAGAAACAAAUUAUAAUGAUAAUGAUAAUAUUAAUGUUGAAAAUAAUGAUAAAGAUAAAGAGCAAAAUAAUGAAACAACAUUAAUUUGGUCAGUAGGUAAAAAUUUAUGUUUUUUUAAAAGUGAUGCCUUUAAUAUUUUAUCAACAUUAAGGAGUGAUUUUCGAUGCUCACAAGCCAUUAUUAUUCAAAAAAAUUAUAAAUGCUUUGCACAAAAAAAGUUAUAUAAUUUAAUGAAAACCAAAAUUGUCAUAUUGCAAAAAUGGUUUAGACAUUUAUUAGUUCAUAUAAGAAAUGAAAAAAUAAAAAUAGAAAAAGCUAAGGAACUCAUAUGUUACUCAAUAUAUGGUUAUAUAGUUAGAAAAAAAUAUAUGCAUACAAGAAAGUGUGCAAUUUUAAUACAAUCACAUAUAAGAAGAUAUCUCACUUUAAAAUUUUAUAAAAAAUACAGAGAAAACUAUUAUGCUAGUAAAAUACAAGCAACAUGGAAAUCUUGUAAAGAAAGAUUAUAUUAUCAAAAAUUAAAAAUAGCUACUAGAAAAAUUCAGUUAAAAUGGAAAAGCAUAUUAGCAAGAAAACAAUUAAGAAGACUCAAAGAAGAAGCAAAGGAAGUAGGAUCAUUACUAUCAAAAAAUCAGGUUUUGAUGAAAGAACUAAAAAAAGAGAGAAAUGAUAAAAUAGAAAUAGAAAACAAAUUACUAAAAGCUUCUGCUAAAAUUGAUAAGUUAACGAAAAAGAUACAAAAUUUAGAAAAAAUAAACAAAAAUAACGAAAAAGUAAUUAAAGAUUUAUUAGAUAAAAUAUCCAUUUUGUCAAAUAAAGAAUCUAAUGAUUCAUCAAAAAAAUUAUCAAAAAGUGAAUUUGCAAUGAAUAAAACUUCAAAAAAAGAAAUUGUAUCAAAAAGAGAAGAUGCUUACAAUUCUACAGAAUCUCUAUCGGAUAUUAAUAAUCAAUUAAACAAAGACAAAAAUAUAAAAUUAUUAAACAAAAUAAAAAAAUUGGAAUUAGAAAAUAAAGAAUAUAUAAAACAGAAUACAUCUUUAAAUGAUCGUUACAAUAAGUUACUAAAUUUACUUUCUCAUUUCAAAGAUAAAAAUAAUAUUAUGUCUGGUAAAUUUUAUUAUAAUUCAUACUUAAAUAAGUUUAAUAAAACAUAUUCUUCUUUACAUAAUAAUACCUUUCCAGAUUCCAAGUUAGAAAAUAAUCAUGCAGAAUACAAAAAUGCAUAUAGAAGGAAUGACAAUUUAGUAGAUAUACUUUUAUGUGGUCCAAAAAAAGUAGGAAAAACAAGUUUGCUAGAAGAUUUGUUUGUUAGGUUAGGAGACGAAGUAAACUUAAGUUUAUUAAGAAAAAAUAAAAAAAAUCAAUUUGAAGAAUCAAAUUCUUUUAACUGUAACACUUAUAUAAUAACUCACAAAUCUACAAAAAUUAAAAUUGUAGAUUGUGGUUAUUCGUCUAGUAGAAAUGUAGAAGAAUCCCUUUUUAAUUAUAUAAAAAAUUCCAUAUGUAUAAUUAUUGUCUUUGAUUCAACUAAUAAAGAUUCAAUUAAUCCCGCCUUACAUUUACUACAAGAAGCUUCAUUAAUUAAUGUUAAAAAAACAACAAAAUUAUAUCUAUUAGAAAAUAUAUUCAAUGAAAAAAUUAAUUUGAAUUUAAACACAAAUGAUGUUUCAUAUGCUUUAAGAAUAGCAAAAACAUGUAAUGCAUAUUAUGUAAAAACAUUAGACAUAUAUGAUAUUGUAAAUGAUUAUGCUAAUGAAAUUACAUUGCAUUCAAAUUAUUUCCUUGAUAAUUUUAAUAAAGAGAAAAAUUUCAAAGAAGGUAUUUAUAAUAGCAUGAAUAAAAGCAAUUGUAUGGAUGAUGAUUCUGUUAAAUUGAGUGAUGUAAUUUCGUCAAUUGACAAGCAUAGUGAUUUAAAAAGUAAAAAAGAUGAUUUUAAUUUGAAUAAAAAUAGUAUGUACUCAGUUGUGAAUACCUUAAAAGCUUUUUGUGGUAUUCAAAAUAAAAAAAAUCAGAAUGUGCAAUUAUUAAGAGAGUCAUUACCUUUAAAUAAUUAUGUGUACAGUAAUAAAAAAUAUAAUACGGAAUUGGGUAGAGGAUUGCAGCCAGUUUACGAAAUAACCUUAAAAGGCAAUGUUCCAAUUACUUAUUUAUAUAUUGGUCAAGAUUCAAUAAAUAAAAACUAUACAUUAUUAGCAGUUGGUUGUAAAGACGGAAUAAUUUAUAUAUAUAAAUGCUUUCGAACAAAAUUAGAAAUGAACAACGAUUAUUUUUUUCAAAAUGAUGAUAAUAGCAGUUUUCCAAAAAAUAACAAUCUGAGUGAUCAUUUAAACAAUGAUUCAACUAAUGACGAUAAUGCCAUGUCUUCUAAAUUAUUAUCAAAAUUGUCUGGUCAUAAAAAAGCUAUAACAUGUAUAGUUUUUUCUUUUUCAGAGGAUAAAAUUAUAUCUUCUUCUAUUGAUAGAACUAUAAAAAUAUGGGAAGUAUCCACAGGAUUUCUAUUAAAAGUUUUCUCUGACUCGUCAGCAACACUAUCAGUUUUAUUAUUCCCAACAAACUUAGAUAUUUUUUUAUGUUCUAAUUGUACCUCAUUGUUAAGAAUUGUAAAUUUAAAUAGUGGUCAAGUAUAUCAAAAAAUCAAAGUAGAAAGUGAAAUCAGAGCUUUAGAAAUGGAUGAUACAUGCUUAAAUAUAUUUGCAGGGUCAAAAAAUGGAACUAUUUAUGUAUUAGAGGUAAUUUAUAAUGAAAGAGUAGAAAUUAAAUUUCGUUUUCUUUUUUCGUUAUCACCUAUAACAUGUAUAAAAUUUGUUCCAAGGAGUUCUGUUAAAUCUUCUCCUUGUAUAAUUGUCAACUCAUGUGAUAACCACAUCGGUAUAAUUGAAUGUAUAUACGGAAGCAAAGGAAUAUUAACAACAUUAUCAGUUAAACAUAGAAUAAGAAUAAACCACGCACUACUCCCCAUUAGAAAUUGUUAUUCAAAAUUUGGUGGUGGGUGGUUAAUGUCUGGUUCUGAAGAUGGAAAUAUUUAUAUAUGUUCAUUGUUACCUCAAUCAAAUUAUAAACUAAUUUUUUUGAAACAUCAUAAGGCACCCGUUAUGGCUGUUGUUGUAAAUGAUAAUGAUACGUUAAUGGUUUCUGGGGAUUCUAAAGGAAAUAUUGUUUUUUGGAGAAGAUCUUUUGUAUAA